AUGGAUGACGGCCAUUGCAAAACAGUGGAAGAGGUGUUAGGUUUUUUUGGGGUUGAUGCUGACAAAGGAUUAUCUCUUGAUCAGGUCAAGAGGAACCAGGAGAAAUAUGGUCUCAAUGAAUUGCCUGCCGAGGAGGGAAAAUCCAUAUGGCAACUCGUCCUGGAGCAAUUCGACGACCUUCUAGUUAAGAUUCUUCUAUUAGCUGCUAUUAUUUCUUUUGUAUUAGCUUUAUUUGAAGAGCACGAGGAUGCAUUCACGGCCUUCGUCGAGCCCUUCGUCAUUUUGCUCAUCCUCAUCGCCAACGCCGUGGUCGGUGUCUGGCAGGAACGUAACGCCGAGUCUGCGAUCGAAGCGUUGAAGGAGUACGAACCUGAAAUGGGUAAGGUCCUUCGAAUGGACAAGUCCGGUGUCCAGAGGAUUCGCGCCAAGGAGAUCGUGCCCGGUGACAUUGUUGAGGUGUCUGUCGGUGACAAGAUCCCGGCCGAUAUCCGUCUCACAAAGAUCUUCUCGACCACCCUCAGGAUCGACCAGUCUAUCCUGACCGGUGAAUCUGUCUCGGUGAUCAAGCACACUGAUCCUGUGCCUGACCCGCGUGCCGUCAACCAGGACAAGAAGAACAUCCUCUUCUCUGGUACCAAUGUAGCCGCUGGCAAGGCUCGCGGUGUGGUCAUUGGAACUGGCUUGAACACCGCUAUUGGUAAGAUCCGUACUGAGAUGUCUGAGACCGAAGAAAUCAAGACGCCCCUGCAACAGAAAUUGGACGAGUUCGGCGAACAAUUGUCGAAAGUUAUCUCCGUGAUUUGCGUCGCUGUUUGGGCUAUCAACAUUGGACACUUCAACGACCCUGCCCAUGGUGGAUCUUGGAUCAAGGGAGCCAUCUACUACUUCAAGAUCGCCGUCGCUCUCGCCGUAGCUGCCAUUCCUGAAGGUUUGCCGGCUGUCAUCACCACUUGCUUAGCUUUGGGUACACGUCGUAUGGCCAAGAAGAACGCUAUUGUAAGAUCACUGCCGUCUGUCGAGACCCUCGGUUGUACCUCUGUCAUCUGUUCGGACAAGACUGGUACCUUGACCACCAACCAGAUGUCCGUUAGCCGAAUGUUCAUCUUCGAGAAGGUCGAGGGUAACGACAGCAGCUUCCACGAGUUCGAAAUCAGCGGUUCGACCUACGAGCCAACCGGUGACAUCUUCGUAAGAGGCAAGAAGAUCCGUGGCCAGGACUACGAAACCCUCCACGAAAUCUCCACUAUCUGUAUCAUGUGCAACGACUCCGCCAUCGAUUUCAACGAAUUCAAACAAGCAUUCGAGAAGGUCGGCGAGGCAACCGAGACCGCCCUGAUCGUUCUCGCGGAAAAGAUCAAUCCCUACGGUGCCUCAAAAGGUGGACUGGACAGGCGUAACGCAGCCAUCGUUGUCAGACAGGACAUGGAGACGAAAUGGAAGAAGGAAUUCACUCUGGAGUUCUCUCGCGAUCGUAAAUCCAUGUCCUCUUACUGUACACCUUUGAAACCGACAAAAUUGGGCACUGGACCGAAACUGUUCGUUAAGGGCGCACCUGAGGGUGUCUUGGACAGGUGCACGCACGCUCGUGUCGGCUCUAACAAGGUUCCUCUCACCUCUACCUUGAAGAACCGUAUCCUGGACCUCACUCGCCAAUACGGUACUGGCCGAGACACUCUGCGUUGCCUUGCUCUUGCCACUGCUGAUCACCCAAUGAAGCCUGACGACAUGGACCUUGGUGACUCUUCUAAAUUCUACACGUACGAGAAGGAUCUGACCUUCAUUGGUGUCGUUGGUAUGCUUGACCCACCUCGCAAGGAAGUCUUCGACUCCAUCGUCAGGUGUCGUGCUGCUGGUAUCCGUGUAAUUGUCAUCACCGGCGACAACAAAGCCACUGCUGAAGCCAUCUGCAGACGUAUCGGUGUGUUCGAGGAAGAUGAGGAUACCACUGGCAAAUCGUACUCUGGACGUGAGUUCGACGACCUUCCACCGUCGGAACAGAAAGCUGCCUGCGCCAGGGCUCGUCUAUUCUCUCGUGUAGAACCUGCUCACAAAUCCAAGAUCGUUGAGUUCUUGCAAAGUAUGAACGAGAUCUCAGCUAUGACUGGUGACGGUGUGAACGAUGCUCCAGCUUUGAAGAAAGCUGAGAUUGGUAUUGCUAUGGGAUCUGGAACCGCUGUCGCGAAAUCCGCUUCUGAGAUGGUAUUGGCUGACGACAACUUCUCUUCCAUUGUCGCUGCCGUUGAGGAAGGUCGUGCCAUUUAUAACAACAUGAAACAGUUCAUUCGUUACCUGAUUUCUUCCAACAUUGGUGAAGUCGUAAGUAUAUUCUUGACUGCCGCUCUUGGUCUUCCCGAAGCUCUGAUCCCUGUACAACUUCUGUGGGUCAACUUGGUCACUGACGGUCUUCCAGCCACUGCUCUCGGUUUCAAUCCUCCUGAUUUGGACAUCAUGAGCAAGCCUCCCCGUAAAGCCGACGAAUCUCUCAUUUCUGGCUGGUUGUUCUUCCGCUACCUGGCUAUUGGCGGAUAUGUAGGUGCUGCGACUGUUGGAUCGGCUGCAUGGUGGUUCUUGUACAGUCCUCAUGGCCCACAGAUCAACUACUAUCAACUGACUCAUCACUUGGCGUGCUUGGGUGGUGGCGACGAAUUCAAGGGCAUUAACUGCAAGAUCUUCACGGAUCCUCAUCCCAUGACGAUGGCUCUGUCUGUACUCGUAACCAUUGAAAUGUUGAACGCCAUGAACAGUUUAUCUGAGAAUCAGUCUCUCAUCAGUAUGCCGCCCUGGUCUAACAUGUGGCUCAUUGCCUCUAUGGCUCUUUCUUUCACACUCCACUUUGUCAUCCUUUACGUCGAAGUCCUUUCGUCUGUAUUCCAAGUUACCCCCUUAACGGGUGAGGAGUGGUUUACCGUUAUGAAGUUCUCCAUUCCAGUGGUACUUCUCGACGAAACCCUGAAGUUCGUUGCCAGAAAGUUCACAGAUGUAAACGAAGCGGUCGUCGACAAGUGGGCUUAAGGCUUGCCUCGAGCACUUGCGCAAAACUAGAGAGAGAGAUCCUCUUCUUUGUCGGGCACAAACGAGAACGAGCCACGAGAAACAGAGAUCCAACAGCAGAGAACAAAGGAAAAAACAAAAAAAUUACAAGAAAUAAUUCAGAUAACAGUGUAACGAUGAUAAUAAUAAUUAUAAUAAUAAUAACGUAACGAGAAUAGUAGGAGAAACCAGGAGCGAAACGACGGAAGAGACUGUCGCGGGAACGCAGAUUUCCGCGCGAGUAGAAUAACGUGUGAGAAAACGAAAGAACGAUGAUUUUCUUCUUCUUUUUUUUUUUUCCAAGUAGAGAGAUUCGAGAAUUUCGACGUUCGCGAUUUCGUAGAAAUGGACGUCGUGAAUGAUGGAUAAGAGGGGUGACGACGACGAUAGAUCGCCCCUCCUCCCUCCCUUGAAUCGUGUUCCACGUCCCCUUGAUUUCCUAGCUGGCUAAUUCACGCACCACGCACUGCCGCUGCUCUUCCGUUUCGUCGUCUGCGUGGACCGGAAACGAGCCACUUUUGGUGAAAGAGGAAACACAGCGAUGGAAGUGAACGAUCUUGGGUGGAGAUUUCGAAAGUAAAAAGAAAUUGAAGGAGAAUAACGACGUACCGGAUGAUGUACGAACGACGGAAAGGAAAGAAGGAAAAUGGAUGAAAUGAAUAU